CAUGGGAAGAUAUUGGUGGUUUAGAAAAUGUUAAGCGUGAAUUACAAGAACUUAUUCAAUAUCGUGUUGGACAUCCGAAUAAAUCUCUCAAAUUUGAUACGAUGUCAUCGCGUGGUGUUCUCUUUUAUGAACCAUCUGGUUGUGGUAAAACAUUAUUGGCAAAAGCUAUUGCUAAUGAAUUUGAUGCUAAUUUUAUUUCGGUAAAAGGUCCUCAAUUAUUAACUACGUGGUUUGGUGAAUCAGAAUCUAAUGUCCGUGAUGUAUUUGAUAAAGCUCGUCAAGCAGCACCAUGCGUGCUCUUUUUUGAUGGAUUAGAUGCAAUUGAUAAAGCUCGUGGUGGUAGUGUUGGUGAUGGUGCAGCUGAUCGUGUUAUUAAUCAAAUUUUAACUGAAAUGGAUGGUCUGGGUGAAAAAAAAAAUGUUUUUAUUGUUGGUGCAACUAAUCGACCAGAUAUUAUUGAUUCGGCUAUUCUUCGACCAGGUAAAAAAAAAUAA